GCCCAGCCCUGUGAGAGCCCCUGGCCUCUGAGCACAUGGAUCUUGGAACUGCUGCAGGGAAGGAGGAUGUGCAGCUGGAGGACGGGAAGCAGGAGAUGCACCAGCCUGGAGACCCACAGGAGGAGAUGGGGAAGCUGCCUGGCUCCAGGACAGACUUCCCAGCCAGGAUGGUCCUCGGUGAAGAGGAAAAACUGAAGAUCUCCAAAGACCUCCUGGAUCUCCAGAUAGAGACAAACAAAAUGAAGGAGCGUUACGAGACUGAGAACUUCCAGCUGAAAACCACGAUGCAGGCGCUGGAGAGGCGGCUGCAGGAGCUGGAGCGGGGCCGGCAGGAGCUGGGCGAGGAGUUCAUCAUCCUCAAGAGCAAUUACCUGGCCCUCGGCAGAGAGCUGGACAAGGAGGUGAUGAGGAACGAGGAGCUGACCCAGGAGCUGCUCAGCCUGGCCAAAGGGAGCAGCCACCCCCCUGGCUCAGCCCAUCCAUCCUGCCCGGGGCUGGGAGGAGGGGGAGCAGCAGGACACCCCCGCUCUGCUCGGCGGGGGAAGCCCGAGGAUGCAGCUGCCUCUGAACACGAGCAGCAGGAGCUGCAGAGAAACUUGCUUGGAAACCAGGAUCACAUAAAAGUGGAGCUGGAAAAACUGAAGAAAACGCACGAUGAGCAGCAGCAGAAGCUGGAGGAGCGAGUGCUGGCGCUGGGGAAGGAGCUGCAGGAGGCGAAGGGAGCGGCCGGGGACAGCCGGCACAGGCUGGCGCAGCAAUCAGCGGUGCUGCUCACAUCCCAGAGCCAGCUCCGGGAGGUGGAGGCGGAGAACUCCCGGCUGCAGCUGCAGCUGAAGGAGCUGAACGAGGAAUAUCGCUCCCGGCUGGCGCAGCACAUCAGGGACCUGGCGAACUACAUGGACAGCAAACCCAGCAGCGUGACAGGACCCAGCAGAGCCCCAGCUGGCCACGCUGCCAUGAAGAACUUUGUGGACAGCAUGCUCGGGGACAUCCGGGCUUCCUACAGGUCCCGGGAGGAGCAGCUGGCUCGGGCAGCCCGGGGCUACAAGAAACGCAUGAAGGACUUGGCCAAGAAGCACGAGAACCUGCUCAUUGCCUACGGGCUGCAGCGGGAGCAGAUCCGGACCCUGGGCACCAGCGCCAUGGACUGUGGCCCUGCCGAGCUCCACUUGUCCAUCACAGACCCAGAGCUGCUGAGCAACAGCUCCCGGGAGCUGAACCGCCUGCGGCACGAAAAGGCAAAGCUGGAGACGCAGCUCCAGGAGCUGCAGCAGAAAAGCCUGAAGGGAGCCUCUGCCUUUCCAGCGCCUCCGGAGCAGCAGCUGGAUGAGGAGGGCUGGGCAGAGGUCAGGAAGAAGCUCCGGGAAUUCACACUCAACACCCAGGAGGACCUGGAGCAGCAGAGAAGCCAGCUGCUGACUCGGGCUGUGGCUGCAGAGGAGCAGGUGUCGGAGCUGCAGGGGUACAUCGAUCAGCACCUUGCCAGGUACAAGCAGGAGCUCCUGCGGCUGAGGAACACCAGCGAGGUGCCCCUGGUGCCCGGUGCCAGCCACGAGCCAGAGCAGCCCCAGCUGUGGGAACAGCCCACCCCAAGGGAGGUCUGUGCUCCAUGGGCUGCCAGGCAAGGAUCCUCCUCGGGCUGGGAGGUGGGAACGGCGAGAGGAACCAGGCUGCAGGAAUUCUGCUCUCCCCCGAGCACCCCUUGGAUCCCAGGCAGCUCUCACUGCUGGGCUCCUGCUCCUGCUGGAACGCUGUUCCUGGAUGAGACCUGGACCUGGACCAAGGGCUGCUCCUGCCUCACUCCCCUCCCCUGGGAGACAGAUUUCCAGGUCUGA